ACGAUAGCAAAAUCGCCAUGUCCGCUAUAGAUCUGUACAACAUGCCCGGCACGCCGACCACUCGGGCCGUAAAGAUGGUGGCCAAGGCAGUGGGAGUGGAACUGAACUCCAAGUACAUUAACACCUUGGAAGGUGACCAGCUGAAGCCGGAGUUCUUGAAGAUCAACCCCCAGCACACCAUUCCCACUCUGGUGGACAACGGAUUCUCCGUCUGGGAGUCGCGUGCCAUCUUGAUCUACCUGGUGGAGAAGUAUGGCAAACCGGACUCUUCUCUCUACCCCAAGGAUCCCCAGAAGAGGGCUCUGAUCAACCAGAGGCUGUACUUCGAUAUGGGCACUCUGUACGACAGCAUGUCCAAGUACGUCUUUGCUCUGUUCCGCACCGGCAGUCUGGGAGAUCAGGAGUCCCUGGACAAGUUCAACUCUGCCCUGGAAUUUCUUAAUACCUUCCUGGAGGGACAGGACUACGUGGCUGGAAGCCAGUUGACAGUGGCUGACAUUGCCAUAUUGGCCACUAUCUCCACCCUUGAAACGAUCCAGUUUGACCUGCAGAAAUUCCCCAAUGUGGAUAGGUGGUACAAGAAUGCUCAGAAGGUUGCUCCAGGCUGGGAUGAAAAUGUGGAGGGAAUUAAGCAAUUCCAAAAGUUCCUUGACGAUUGGAAAGCUAAGGCUGGCAAGCAGUAAAGAUUACAGCU